AUGGCUCCUGAGGCCGUUGAAGUGGAGAAGCCCACAAAGAAGCUGGGCAUGCGAAAAAAUGGCCAGCACUGGAUCGCCCCCAAAAAGGCCUUUCGCCCUACCGCUGGCCUCUCCUCGUACGAAAAGCGAGUCAAGGAGCGCGCUGCCAUGGCGCAGAUGAAGGCCAAGGAGAAGGAGCUGAAAGAUGAGAAAGAGCAGGCGCGCAAGGACCUUAAAUUCUCCCAAGAGCUCUCUUAUAAGGCCUCGGGAGACCUCAAACAAGCACUGGUCCAACUACACGCCUACUCGACAGGCACGACCCGGCGGCUAGACGAGACGUACUACGCGGUCCUGGAGAAGACGGCGGCCGUGCAGAUGACAUUUUCGGCGCUCAAGGAUCUGGCCGGGUCGUCGGGCGACGCAGCCCGGGACUUUGAUAAGGACGCGCAGGAUCUGGAGGAGGACAUACGCGGGCAGCUGCGCGCGCUCGACAGCUUCGAGAGUCAGGAGGGCAGGAUACGCUCGCUGCAGGAGCGCAUCAGCGCUGGGCGGUCGAGGAUGCUAUCCCUAGUCGGCAGGGUCGACGAGAUCGGCGACAUGGUCGAGAGGUGGGAGCGGGCGGACCGAGAGUGGCAGAUCAAGAUGCGCAGGAGGCUGAGGGCCAUCUGGGGCCUCGUCCUCGUCGUGGUCCUGGCCCUCACCGCCCUCGUCAUGUCAGCAAAUAAUGACGGUGGGACUGAUGACAGCGGCAACAACUUGUCCCCUUCUUCCGCUGCCGCCGCAGCAAGCGACGCGGCCGACCUGCCGUCUCACCAGCUGCUGCGCCACGAGCCUCUCAACAUAACGAGGCUGGUGCCUACGUUGGACAAGGAUGCUCCUCCUGGUCAGUCUAGCACGGACGGGCAAGGUUCACUAUUUCGGUCGAAACCACAGGCGACUGAUGACAGGUUACGCCAAUUUGAUGAGUUGUGA